CUUGAUAAAGGAUACCACUCCGAAAUGUGCAUCGCGAUAUAAUCGAGGAACGACCCAUCUAUAUUAUAUGUAAGAUUCUUUUUCUCUCUUUAUAUUUUUAUGUAUUUUUAUUUUUAUAUCUGUUAAUAGUUUUAAAUUGAACAAUUGACAUUACACAAUAUACUAUACUGUGUAAUUAAUAAACCUCAAAGUUCAAACGAUUUCCCUUUGUUUGAUAUGUGUUAUAUUUCUAGUUUCAUUCCGUUACAUUACCAGUACAUAUUGUGAAAUCAGUACACGCUUGAGCACGAGCUCUUCUACCAAUCUACUCACAUACGUCGAAUAUCUAACCUUGUCUCUCUGCUAAUUUACUUUUUGUCUCGCAUUUUCCAUUUCUUAGAACAAAUACCACAGUAAACAAAUACUGCACAACAUUCUAUAUAGAUACAUUUUAUUUCCCCCCCCCCUCUUCUCUUCAAUCUCUACUGUAUCUCGUCUUUACAGCUUUCUUAUCUUGUCCCAUUUGCACGUCCACACAAGCAGUUUUUUCCCCCAACCCCACCACUACUGGAACAUGGAUAGGCCCCGCACCAGACGCCCACUCCUUCCCACGCCAACUCAACUACCAAUGGAAUGGCCACAGCUACGAAGCAGAUUCCAACCACCACCAGGCUUCCACCAACCACCACCAGGCUUCAACCAACCACCACCAGGCUUCAACCGACCACCACCAGGCUUCAACCGACCACCACCAGGAUUCCACCAACCACCACCCGGAUUCCGCUACCAGUACCAACCAAGUCGACAACCAAAUCAGCACCAACCAAGUCGACAACCAAACCAACCAAGUCGACAACCAAACCAGCGCCAACCAAAACGACAACCAAACCAGCGCCAACCACCCCCAGAAAAUGCAGGUGUCGUGAAAGCCUUCUUUCAGGUCCUCCAAUGCCUCCACCACUUGACCAUUAUGGAGAGUCAGGAGAAUGGAACACCAACCAGAAGUUUCACUUGGAAGAUCCAAGACCUGAAUAAGUUCGUGAAGCCGGCCAUGAAGACGCCUACCAUAGCCACUACCAUUGAGACAUUGAACUUGAAAUGGGCCAAGGACGUCGCCUCAUCCCUGUCGACACACUACCGAGCCAUGCUAGCGGAGAAACUGGAGUACUUGAAGUCACGUCACUUUACCAAAGAUGCUGUACAAGAGUACUCUAGCCACGCCCUAGCAUGGGCCAAGAAGUCCUACGGCAAGCGACUUCAGGAUAGUGUGAAGACAGAGUUCCACCGCCUACUGUCCACGGUCUCUAAAACUGUCACGCCCCCUCCCCCAUCACCCAUGCACAUUACGCAAAACCUUCUCCGGGACACACCAAAACGAUACACACCCAACAAGAGAAAAUUAUCCCCUGGAGAAGGCACUUGCAUUAACACUCCCUCGAAGCGUGUAGCUAGAUCAACCAGUUCGCCCCGGGCUGUGUCUGGCUCACCUACUUCCUCAGGAUCUAUAUCGCCACUAAACGCGCUUGUCGACUGUCUGUCCCCUAGAUCGCCCAUCAUUCCUAACCCUAGAAUCGCCACCAGAUCUUCCACCAGAUGUAGGCGAUCACUCAACCUAUCCCUAAAGAGACCUCACAGCUACAAAGGUAAAGACGAGAAGGAUUUAUGGUUCCUACCACCCGUCAUGGCAAAAACCCUGGUUAUUGGAUCCUCUAACCUGGCUAGGAUUGCAUCCUUCGUCGGGGACUGGGAGAUCCAUAGCUACUCUGGAGCCAAGAUCAGCCACAUCAGACAGAUACUCCAGAACUACAUGGGUCCUGCACCAGAGGAAUUAGUGAUACACGUCGGGCUCAACAACAGGGAGGAAAGUGGACCAAGGAUACACGAGCAGAUGCUAGAUCUACUCAAGGUGACCAGAGCAGCUUUCCCAACAACCAUGCUCUUCGCCACACAGAUCCCCACUUCUUCCCGACUCCGACAAGAAAAUCUGAUCGCCUACCAAAACAUCACUAGCUACAACCAACUGAUCUCCACUGCACCUUCACCAAACGCCACCACAUUACCAACCUUCAAGGGCAAAAUAGAACUGAAAGGUAACGACGCAAUCCACUGGAGCCCAGACACGGCCAGAGAGAUCAUCAACUGCUGGAUGAGGAAUUUAAACUAGGAUUAGGGAAAAGGAAUGAGAAGCCGUCUUUAGGACAGACAGUUGUCAAUUUGAGCGACAGACUUCUCAACCCCCUAGAAAUGAACAUUCUUGAUAAAGGCCUUAAAUUCAUCCCAACCCCCACAAUAACAUCCAUAGACCCCAUCACCCAGGCAACCGAUCGCUUCCAAAGAACACUUUCGUUGACUUAUUUUUUUAGGAACAAACCCGGCAGAGGUAAAAAAUUAUUCACAGCAAAAUCCACAUGGAAACCACCUAAAAAGUCAUUAUCACCAGCCAUCCUAAAAACUGUCGACGAAAUGAAUAUAGAAAUAUCAUCCAUUCAACCACAGUCACAAAAACCAAAUCUCAACCGAGCAACUAAAACGGCAUUAAACACCCUUAAAAAGUACAAAAACAUAAUAAUUAAGAAAAGCGACAAAGGCUCGUGUUGUGUCAUAAUGAAUCGCGCAGACUAUAUCUCAGAGGCAGAAAAACAAUUAAGUAAUCCUAUACAUUACACUAAAUUAGACCAACCCAUCUUUAAGGACACCGCAAAUUUAAUAAACAACAUCUUAUAUGAAUUGCAGGAUAAGGAAUACAUAACAGCAAAACAAUAUGAUUAUCUAUCUGCUAAAUCUGACUGCCGACAAAGACAUCUCUAUACACUACCAAAAAUACAUAAAAAUCCAGAAACAGAAUGGUUUAUACCUUAUAAAAUACCCAAGGGACGCCCAAUAAUAUCAGACUGUGGCAGCGAAUCAUACAACGUAUCAAAAUAUAUAGACCAUUUCUUAUUACCCCUAGCAUGCCAACACCCAUCCUACCUUAAAGACACUAACGAUUUCAUUCAGAAAAUCAAACAGUUAAGAGUCCCCGAACACACCGUUUUAAUAUCCAUCGACGUACAAAGCAUGUACACGAACAUUGAUAAUAACACAGGUAUUGAAGCAGUUAGGAAAGCAUUUCUUAGGAACCCGCAAGCAUCCAGGCCGGACGAAGAAAUCCUCAAACUACUCAACAUUUGUCUGAGGAGGAAUGACUUCGCUUUUAACGACCAAGUAUACCUUCAGUCUUCCGGAACUGCGAUGGGAAAACGAUUUGCCCCGAGUUAUGCAAAUCUCUUCAUGGCGGAGUGGGAAAGGGAAGUUCUGCCACUCUGUCCAUUAAAACCAGAUUUCUAUGGGCGGUUUUUAGAUGACGUUUUCAUAGUCUGGACCUACACACUAGACGAAUUUUGGACGUUUUUCAACAUUCUGAACAAUCAUCAUCCAUCUGUCAAAUUAACCGCAAAUGUAAGCCAUAACAGCAUAGAUUUCCUUGAUACUACCGUUUUUAAAAGUAACAACACCAAAAUCACAGGCCAAUUGGAAACUAAAGUAUUUUUCAAAGAAACCGACACACAUCAAUUAUUGUUCAAAAGCUCCUUUCACCCAAAACAUACAUUCUCUGGCAUCAUAAAAUCUCAGAUUCUCCGUUUUCAUAGGAUAUGUACUCAGAAGACCGACUUUGAGUCAGCAUGUACAUUGGUAUUUAGCAAACUAAGGGAAAGGGGAUACCCCAAACGCUAUCUACGACGUAUAAAAAACAACACUCUAGCUGAGCUUGCCGCCAAAGAAACAAAUAAUAUACAAUCAGCACAUAACACCAAAAUUUGUGGCCAUCCAAGAUGUCAAACAUGCAAAAUCUUAAACAUAUCCGACCAUUUCCAUAACAAAACAUCUGGCACAAAAUUCCCAAUAUUAGACCAACUUUCAUGCAGUAGUUCAAACAUAAUUUAUCUAAUCUCAUGCAGAAAAUGUGACAAGCAAUACGUAGGGGAGACUCAAAAUGCACUUAGGGAAAGAAUUAACGGUCACCGGUCUGACAUAGUCACCAAAAAAGACAAACCUGUCUCAAUUCAUUUCAACCAACCAAAUCAUGACAUUUCUGAUCUCAUUGUCACGCCAAUAGAAAAGACCAAGAGCGACUUUGAAACUUCAGAAGAAAUUAAAACGUUUAGGCUAACAAGAGAAAAAUUCUGGAUUGAAAAAUUGAAAACAACAGCCCCCCUAGGUUUGAAUAUUCAUACGGCUAGCGCAAUAGCUCCUUUUGUAGUUCCAUUUAGCGCAACAGCAGCAAGUGCGUCCAAAAUCAUCAGAAAACACUAUACUGAUCUCCAAGAAAAUCACCCGAAAAUAUUCACACAGAAACUUAUAAUUGCAUAUUCUAAAAAUAAAAAUCUGAACGACAUCCUAGUGCACAGUAAAUUAGAUUAAAUAAAACCAGUCUCCACCCUGACCCAAAACAAACCAUAUAUCAAAUCCUAUGCCUAACCGUUAGUAAUUAAAAUCAAUUAGAUAUAAGAAUCCCUAGCCGUAACCAGGUGAUGUGGAACAAACACGAUUCUUUUUUUUUUAGAAAAUCCAAUCCGUUGUAGGAAACACACUAAUGUGGCUCUCUCCCGAGAGCCUCAAAUUUAUUUUCUUUUUUCUUCAGAAACAAUAAUACCAGAAUACCAGAAGCACCACCCAAGGAAGACCAACAGCGCCACCAACACCAAUAAACAGUGAAAUCGCCUUUGUAUAUAAAUCUAAUGUAUUGUAUGUAUUUUAACAAAACUAGGAAAUAUCACGAACUAAUUUUUCAUCAUCCUAGGUCAGUGCUUAUGUGGAGACUUAACCUCUCCCCCCAAAUUCUUAAACCUAACCCACAAUCUUUUCAAAAAGCAUGUAGCCUAGGCCUAAGCCAAGACCUAGUCCUGACCCUAGCCCUAACCCACAAUUGUGUCAAAAAAUCAUGUGCCCUAACCCUAUUUACAUGUUGUGACCUUGAACCAAGUCUGCAGUUGGCCUUAAUAUUUAGACCUAACAUGUUUUUGACAUCAUACAAUGAAAUGUUAACAUGUACACUCCAAAAUUCACACCUGUGUGACUUGACUAAACCUGCAGUUGGCCUUAAUAUUUAGACCAAACCUCAAAACAUGGUGUCUACCUUUGAGAUUGGCUUAGACUUAUGUGACACUCAAGGUUUACUUAUUUACUGACUGUUAACUGGUUUCUUGUUUUGGGGGGGGGGGGGCCACUGAAGGGAUGUUCGCUAGAAAUAAAGAGGCAUAUUAUUUCUAUUUCCAGUUGAAACCACGAGGAGGUCUCCCUUCUUAUUCAACCACAUAUUUUUUUUUAUUAUUAUUAUUAUUUUCUUUUUUUUUUAUUGCAUAUUUAUUUCCAUCUUUCAUUUCAGGUGUCAGGUUACUGUGCAAGAGUGGUAUGAUUGACAUUAAGGCAAAAGGGAAUCAACUUUAUUUGAGGCCAGAUACAUGGAACGGUUCCACCAGUUAUUUGUUAUCCCACCCCAGCACACAACAGAAUGAAGGCGGCACUUUGAGCAGUCGCCAUCGUAACACAUGAUAGUGGACUCUAGGACUUUUGCACUAACUUGGUUAGAAAGAGUCUGCAUGCCACUCCGAGAGGGCGGUGGAAUAUCCAAAUCUGUCAACAGCAGCCGAGCUCUGGUGUUUCCAACCGGCAUGUCUAACAGUCCAGAUUGUAGGGUCAGAUUAAUAGCGGCUGCCUUUCUUCCUGGUUUGCCAGUUGGAAUCUCUUUAUACAACUUGUAGACAGGUCUACAUCUCAAAACCCGAUGACUUCCCGGACUGGCAUUAGUAGAAAGAUGAUGCAUAUGAAUUUCAUCCCUGAUCUCUGUGACACCUGUGGAAGUUGAGGGCAAAUCACGAACUAAUUUUUCAUCAUCCUAGGUGUCAGGUUACUGUGCAAGAGUGGAAUGAUUGACCUCAACACAAGUAUUAAGGCAAAAGCACUAACUUGGUUAGAAAGAGUCUGCAUGCCACUCCGAGAGGGCGGUGGAAUAUCCAAAUCUGUCAACAGCAGCCGAGCUCUGGUGUUUCCAACCGGCAUGUCUAACAGUCCAGAUUGUAGGGUCAGAUUAAUAGCGGCUGCCUUCCUUCCUGGUUUGCCAGUUGGAAUCUCUUUAUACAACUUGUAGGCAGGUCUACAUCUCAAAACCCGAUGACUUCCCGGACUGGCUUUAUUAGAAAGAUGAUGCAUAUGAAUUCCAUCCCUGAUCUCUGUGACACCUGUGGAAGUUGAGGGCAAAUCAUAAUCAGUUUGGGUUCCAGCCGAGGACCCCUGUAAACGUUGCUGUUUAGUGUUGACUUCAUGUCCGAGCUUGAAAAAGACAGCCUUGCGUUUAUUAUGGCCUCUCAUAUUGGAAGAUAACAUAAAUGGCUUGUAUGUUGACUGUUGUGCAUAUCUCUGGGUCAGGAAAGUUGUAGGUACCAUCAACAUUGUAAAUCAUUUGACAGACCAGAAUGGAGAGUGAGAACUAUGAUUGGUCAGCCAUGUAUCAGAUUCCAUACUAGGGGGUGGGGAUCAUAAAACUGUUGUAGUGUUACAUAAUCAGAUUAUCUGAACUUAAUUGUCCUAUGUAAAUACAGCUAUGUAGGAGACAUUUUAAAAUUUAUAGGCACUGCAUGUUUCAACAUCUUAGAUUUGACCACAAUUUGGCUCUUGAAACUGCGUUAAGAGAGAAAAACUAUGAUCUUUUCGACGAAAAUGUUAUAAAAAUCUAAUAUUACAUGAUAAUUACUGUUUUAAAGGAUUUUCUUGUUUGAUUUAUAUUGAAUUUUUGUUAUCUUUUUACAGAAUGCAUUUAUGUUCAAAAAUAAAAAUGUUCUGUUUAAUUCAAAA